AUGGUUGUGUUUGAUUCAGAUGCACAAAAUACAACUUGCCCUCAUAUUAAAGAUGCCAUUAGUUUAGAAAAUAUAGAAGGUCCGAUAGAAAAGCUUAGCUCCAACUUACAAUGUGAAACAUGUUCUGGUGGUAAUACUAAGGAAACAGACAAUCUCUCAAUGAAAACAUCAAAUUCAUCUGGUAGCGAACACACGUUAGUUGAUGAUUCGUCACCAAAUACCGAACCAGAUCCAAUAUCUGCUCGAAGUCUUCUUUUAUGUCUUAGCUGUGGUCAACUGAACUGUGGUCGUGAUGAUUCCAAACACGCGCUCGCUCACUACGGUGAAAGUAAAGAACAUUUUAUUGCGAUUAAUAUCAAAACUUUUGAUGUUUGGUGUUAUGCAUGUGAUGAUAAUCCAUCAAAUCUAACAGAAGAUCAAUCUCAAACUAUUGAUAAAGUACAAUCGUUAAUUCGUGAAGCUUCAGAAUCAAAAGAUAUUGAAAUUGAAGCACCAGGAUUACAAAAUCUUGGUAACACUUGCUUCUUUAAUUCUUUAAUGCAGGUUGUCGCAGCAACAUCAGUCCUUCAUGAUAUUCUUGACCCAUCAAAUCCUUAUUAUAAUCCUCCACUAGUAUCAUAUAAAAAAUGCCCUGCUGCUACAAGUGAGGAUGUUGGUCCGUUAACAGAUAAUUUCAAAUCAUUUCUAGAUAUGAUGUGGAAACAACAUGAUGGAACUGUAAAUCCAAAAAAUUUGUUCCAAGAAAUUUCAAGAAAAUGGCAGCAAUUUAGAGGAUGGAGACAACAAGACAGCCAAGAAGUAAUGCGAUAUUUAUUUGAUGGCAUAAAAAUCGAUGAAAUAUCAUCUCAAGGUUCUAUAAAUCAAAAAGAAAAGGAUAAAUCAUCAGUUCAAAAAUACGAAUCUUUUAUUGAUGCAUGUUUCGGUGGAAAAUUAGUUAGUGUUAUCGUUUGCGAUACUUGUGAUAACAAAUAUACGAAUGAGAGUACCACUUAUUAUAGCACAUAUGACAGUAGAUAUGGCUCGCGAGAUGAUAAUUCAUCGCCACAUAGUAGUGGUGGUGACGCUGAUAUUGGCGAUGAUGGUGAUGCAAUAGUGGAGUCAGAUGAUAAUGACGGACAACAAAAAAAAUUUGAUAACGAGACAAAACCUUCAGCCAAAUCAAUAAAGCAAAAUGAUAUAUCGUUGAUUGAUUGUCUUAAUAGUUUUAUGAGAGUAGAAACUUUAGAAGUUGAAGAAACAGACGAUAUGAUUAUUAUUCGAACAACACCUGAUCAUAACAAACAUGAACCAAAUGAUGCUGAGGAUUCACUGAAUCGUGGCGGCAAUAAUGAUUAUAAUGGUGAUGGGACUGUUAAUGGUGAAGAAGAAGUUGAAGGGUCAGAUGAUAAAAUGAUUAUUAGUCAAACGGCAUCUAUUGAUUUUAAAUUGCAAAAAGCCUAUAAACGGUAUUUAUUCGCUUCAUUACCACCAGUGUUAGUAUUUCAUCUGAAAAGAUUUCAACAAGUUGGUAGUAGAUGGUCGAUGCACAUGAAAAAAAUAGAUGAUUUUGUUUCGUUUGAAGAGGAAAUAGAUGUUGGCGAGUUUGUCGUACCACCAGAAAUCGAGGAAGACGAAGAGGAAGAAUCAGAUGGUACGGAUGCUGAUGAUGAUAGUAAUAAUAAUUAUAAAAGAUAUAAGGCAGACGAAAUUUCGAAUGAUGAUCAGGUGGAGGAUGAUGAUGCAAAAGAUCUUAAAAAACAACAGCAACAAAAUAAAUUAAUAGAGCAGCCAUCACAAUCUACUAAAUAUAGAUUGUAUGGAGUUGUUGUGCAUUUAGGAAGUUUAUUUAAUGGACAUUAUAUAGCAUUUGUGCUAUCUAGGAAUAUUGUUGGCGAGGGAGAGCAAACUGGCUUACCGAAUCUAUCGUAUGAUGAUCGGCGUACAGUUAAUGAGAUACAUAAACAAGCAGUUAAAACUGGCGAUGGACACCGACAAUGGAUUUAUUGUAGUGAUAGUUCAGUGAGAAGUGCUACAGUUGAAGAAGCGCUUUCGAGUGGACCAAGAAAUACAAGACAAUUAUCGGAAGAAAUACCUAACUAUACAGAAAAACUUAGAUCUGUUAGUUUUUUGAAAAAAGGUAUUUUGAAUGGUAUGAAGGCCAAUAAGUUCAUUAUAAAAAAAUACUCGCACGAAGAAAAGGAUUAUUUGUGGUAUAUCAAUAAUGAGAAAGUAAAAUCUGAAAAUUAUCGAGAGUUGAAAACACCGGAAGAAGUUAAACGAAUAGUUGAGGCGAGAAUAAAAGAACGAGAAUAUUUGGAUAUAAAAAAUCCAAGAAAAAUAUCACUAGAAAAUAUCUUUGAUGAAUUUUGGUGUCAACCAAUGAAAAUUAAAUUUUAUUUUGAGCUUUAA